AUGGUUUCCGCUUACGGAACAUCAUCGCAAUACGUCCACAAAGAAGACGGGAAGCACGAGAUCGUACACCAUGGACAUGAUCACCACGACUACUAUACCCACCCUAAGUUUGAGUUCAAGUACAAAGUGGACGACGACCAUACGGGCGACCACAAAUCGCAGCACGAGCACCGCGACGGUGACGUCGUCAAGGGCCACUACUCACUGCACGAGCCUGACGGCUCCGUCAGGGACGUGCACUACCAUGGCGACCACCACAGCGGGUCUGCAAACGAGCAGACGGAUUACCUGAUGUUUAUUGCUCUCGUCGCCUUUCUAGGCGCCUGCCAAGCUGUGGAACAUGCUUAUUCCUCACAAAGCAUUGUCCUUCACCACGAUGAUCACCACGACUACCACCACCAGGGACAUGAUGAACAUCACGGCCUAGGUCAUUACCAUGACCAUGACGACCACGACGAACAUCACGGUCACGAGUUGCAUCACGAACAUGAGAUUCAUCACGAACAUGAAGUGCAACAUGGGCAUCACGAGCACAAAGUAGAACACAACGUUGAGCACAAAGUGGAGCCUAAGAAGGAGCACAAAGUUGAACCCAAAAAAGAACACAAAGACGAUCACAAAGUUCAGCCUGAGAAAGAGCACAAAAUUGAACAUUCAGUAGAACAUAAAGUGGAACAUUUUGUUGAGCAUAAGAUUGAACACACAGUCGAGCCCAAAAAGGACCACAAAGUUGAGCCCAAGAAAGAACAGAAACCUGACCCCAAAAAAGAACAGAAAGUUGAGCCUAAAAACGUAGAGUAUAAACCAGCCAGAAUCAUCCCAGUGGUCGAGAAACAUGUCGAAAUAAUCCCUGUGGCUGCUGCCUCAAAAAUUGUUCCCGUAGCGCAUUAUGUGCAGAGCGCACAUAAGAAGGAAUCUCAUGAAGAACACAAGCACGCUAUCUCUUCACAACAUAUUUCCCGUCAUGACAUUCCCGCCCAACCCCCCAAGGACUUUGACGACCAAUCUGGUCCUGCUAAGUAUGAGUUUGAAUACCAAGUGAAAGACCCUCACACUGGUGACCACAAGUACCAGCACGAGCACCGUGAUGGGCACAAAGUGAAGGGAGUAUACAGCCUGCACGAGGCUGAUGGCUCCAUCCGUACCGUGGAGUACGCAGCUGACAAGCACGCCGGUUUCUCCGCCGCCGUCAAGCAAACUACGAAGCACAUUGAGCAUCACCACUAA